UUCAGUUACUAUUUAGUAUUUACUCAGAGAGGAAACCUCUCUUGAUCAGCGGGGAAAGAUGAAGCCAGACCUUACCUGACAUGAGAAAACCAAAGCACAGAACAGAUCAAUUCCCACUUUCUCCAUCUGUGUUUCGUCUCUUUCUGCAAUAGUGUGAAGGAGUCACCUCCUCCCGUUUCUUUUUUCUUGUCUUUUGCUCGCGUCACUCUCAAAACCAACUGCCCAAGGUAGAUUAAACUGGAUAAACCUUGUUCGUUGUGUUGUCGUUGUUCAUAACAUUCCACGCUCCAUUUAUAUCUAUCCGAAGAGGAAGAAAGCAUAGGGAGCGGCAGCAGCUGCUAGUGAACAGAGUCAAUGAAGACCACUCUCUCCUUGUUCUGCUGCUCACUGUCUCUCCUCUUCUGCUUCUAUCUACCCAGGGGUUCGUUAUCUGCUGGUGUUGACCGAUGUAAGUUGCCACCAAGAGGUUGGAACUCGUAUGAUUCCUUCUGUUGGACGAUUUCUGAGGAUGACUUCUUGAAGAGUGCUAAAGUUGUUGCGAAGUAUCUAAAAUCGUAUGGAUAUGAGUAUGUAGUGUUGGAUUACCUUUGGUACAGAAGAUUAGUUCCAGGCGCCUACACUGAUUCUCUUGGGUUCGAUGUGAUUGACCAAUGGGGGAGAAUGGUUCCUGCCCCAGAUCGAUGGCCUUCUGCCAAGUCGGGGAAUGGGUUCGCUGAAGUUGCCAAGGAAGUCCAUAGUUUGGGUCUCAAGUUUGGAAUCCAUGUCAUGAGGGGAUUGAGUCGACAAGCAUUUGAUGCUAACACCCCUAUAUUGGACAUUAACACGGGGCGUGCUUACGAAGAAUCCGGUCGAGAAUGGAGGGCUCAAGACAUAGGGAUCAAGGAGAGGAGUUGUGCAUGGAUGCCACAUGGUUUCAUGAGUGUCAACACUUCAUUGCCUGCUGGUAGAGCCUUCUUGAGCUCACUCUAUCACCAGUAUGCCGAGUGGGGUGUUGAUUUCAUUAAGCAUGAUUGCGUAUUUGGUGAUGACUUCAACCUAGAAGAGAUAACAUAUGUGUCUGGAUUGCUGAAGAAGUUCGAUCGCCCAAUCUUAUACUCGCUCUCCCCUGGAACUUCCGUAACGCCAACAAUGGCUAAAGAGCUGAAAGGAUUGGCAAACAUGUAUAGAGUAACCGGAGAUGACUGGGAUUCGUGGGGAGAUGUGGCUUCACAUUUUGAUGUUGCAAGGGACUUUGCUAAGGCAGAAAUGGUCCCAGGUGAGGGCUUGCUCGGAAGUUCAUGGCCUGAUCUGGAUAUGCUGCCAUUAGGGUGGCUUACUGAUGCUGGAGCCAAUCAAGGGCCUCAUAGGCAAUGCAACCUUACCCUUGAUGAGCAAAGAACCCAGAUGACUUUGUGGUCGAUGGCAAGGUCUCCGCUCAUGUUUGGAGGAGACGUUAGACAGAUUGAUGAGACGACUUACAAAUUGAUCACUAAUCCUACCUUGCUGGAGAUAAACGAUUAUAGUUCGAACAACAUGGAGUUCCCUUAUGUUACAGGGAAGAUACUGAGUCCAGCAAGGAACCAUCUCAUGAGGCGAUCAAAGAUAUCUAUGUUGAAACGAGUCAACAAUCAUCAUACCCGGGUUGUAGGUGUUACGAGUUGCAAAGAUCCCAAUGUAAAUGGUUGGUCGGUUGAAUCUCUUGGUCAGUAUCAUGAACAGAUUUGUUGGAGGAAGGAGGACGAGCAGCUAAACCGGGAACCAUUAUGUCUAUACAAGAGGAAACCUCUCUUGGCUUCAUCCAAUGAGCAUGUGCUUUAUGGCCAAGAUAACCGCCGAUUGUUCACAAGUGACGAUGGAGUGAAAUCUUGCUUGGAUGCUUCUCCAAGACAUAAACUUACUUCCAGCGAGUGGAAGAAAAAGCAGCCCUCAUUCUCGACCUGCAGAGGGGAUGACAAUCAGAUGUGGAAGUUGAGCAGCAAUGCCACUCUCAGGAGCAGUUACUCUGGCCUAUGCGCCAGGGUAAAACAAGUUAAAGCUAAUGAUGUCAGGACCAGUGGGGUACGAUCCUGGAUUGCAACAGGAAGACAAGGAGAAAUCUAUGUUGCUUUCUUCAACCUCAAUGUUGAGAAAACAUUGAUCUCAGCCAAGUUGUCAGACAUGGCCAAGGUGCUUCCAGGGAGAAACCUGGAAGACAAAGCAGCUUGUAAAGGCAGAGAAGUCUGGAGCGGCCAGCGUUAUGAAGCUGUGGCGGAUUCGUUGGAGAUGGUAGUGGAUAAGCACGGUUGUGCACUCUUUACCUUGAACUGCAGCUAGCUUAGGUUAGUGGAAAAUUAUGUUGAUGCUGCAGGAAAUCUUCUUUUUUUUUUUACUACCAGGUUAAGGUAAUAGGGAGAAAGAGAAAAUAAAGGUUGAAGCUUUCUUUCUGUGAGACGCUUAAGAAUCCAGAAAAGCAGGGGAGUUUUAUGACUAGUGCUCUGUUUCCUCUGUUUUCUUUUUCUAGAAAACUUGCUGAUGCAUGUCCAGGCUAAUAAGGGAGAGACAAACUCGGCAACUACCUCUUCAAUUCUCCCCUCUCUUCGCCUAGUGACUGUUACUUUUCUGUUCUUCUGUUCCUAAAGUUAUGUUAGUGGGGAAUUCUGUUUCCAUAGGAAUAGCUAUUUGUUCAAGUCCUUUUGUAUAUAUACACAUCAAUAGUACAAUCACAACUCAGGUCUUCUGAGACAUUUACAUGGUAUUAGAGCUCAUUGCACUCUAACGAGUCAAUUCUUCUUUUCAUUCUUCCUUCUCGGUCUUUCUUCUUUCUUCAAAGCCGACAAAGGCCACCGAACCUUCCUCUGUUUCGUCUUCCUUUGCUUCCGGCGAUUCCACUUCGCCGCCAGUUUCAUCCAUCUCCUUGCCGGCCAACCCACAGCUCAUUGUCAAGCUCACCCCCAACGAAUUACUUGUUGUGGCAUGCCCAGAUCACUCCACUUUUUCGCUGUCAUCAAUUGAUAGGCCAUGUUGACGGUUCUCUUCCUGCUCCACCGCAACUCGUCAAUGGCCAGUCCAAUCCCGCCUACUGGCCGUGGUAUGUGCGUGACCAGUAUGUGCUAACCUGGAUCAAUCUAUCGCUCUCCAAGGCCGUUCUGCCCAAUGUCGUCAACAAAGCCACUGCUCUCGACGCUUGGUCUGCGUUGGCUACCAUUUACGCCUCAGAUUCUCCCGUCAUCAUCGGCCAGCUCCGCAAGUCUCUUCUCCUUCUCUCUCGUGGCAAUGAGACGAUCCAUGAAUACAUCCACCGAGCGAAGGCUAUCUAUGACAAAAUGCUCGCUCUCGGUGCUACUGUCACCGAAUAGGAACUGGUGGUUGCACUUCUGGACAGCCUUGACGAAGACUACUGCCCAUUCACCCGUAAUCUCGAGGCGCGCCUGGAACCCAUCUCCUUCGAGAAUGUCAGCAGCCUUCUUCUCAGCGAAGAAAUUCAACUGCAACGAUUUCGCUCAUCGCCCGGCGAGGUUGCGCCUCCGCAGUCGUUUUACUCCGCCAGAGGGGGCGCGGCGGCGGCCGAUUCUCCCGCAACUGAGGCCAGCGCUCUACUGGCCGAGGGUUUCCCAACCCGGGCCGCCUUUCUAACUCCUUUUUUGCAGGUGGCAGGCCCAAUUCAGGUGGCCCACGGCCUGUCUUGCCACGAGUGCUGGGUGCUGGGCCUUCUGGUCCAUCUCUUAUGACUUGUCACAAUUGCGGGGGGAAGGGUCAUAUCCGAGCCCAUUGUCCCAGCCCUAUCAUUCCAUCUCAGCACAAUUAUCACCCUGGCCCAGCCUCUUACCUUGCCCAAUCCUCUCACCCGGCCCAGUUCUCCCAACAAUGGCUCCUUGAUUCCGGAGCAAAUCAUCAUCUUACCUCCGAUUUGGGAAAUCUGAUUCAUCAUUCUGAAUAUAAUGGUCCUGAUCAA